UCAAAACAUUCGAGUAUGGAAACCCUACUAGUACAACGAAUGUAUCCUAUCAGUGAAAUGCAAGUGAAUCGUCAAGUGUUAAAUUCACCAUUUCACCGCAAAAAUGAUUGACCCAUCAGCGUUGAAAGGAAGCAUCCAGGACAUUGCGAUUAAAGUCACGGAAGAGCAAUUGAUAAAUCGGAACAUGUCUAACGAUUUGAAGGAAAAGACGAUUUUCGUAUUGGGUAGCAAGAGUGUUGGAAAGACGUCCAUAAUAAACAAUUUUUUGGAUCGCGAUGAUCCGGUCAAGCCAACAUUGGCUUUAGAAUAUUCGUUUGGACGUCGCUCCGGUUCCGGCGGACAAUCGGUACAAAAACACAUUUGCAAUGUGUGGGAGCUGGGAAGUCUGGUGAAUUCGCAUCAUUUAAUGGAAAUUCCGAUAAAGUCGCAUGGAUUCGAGCAUUUGAACGUUGUGAUUGUUGUCGAUUUGUCGCAGCCGGAACGAUUGUGGAAAGAUUUGGAAGAGUCACUGAAUGGUUUGAAGCAGGCAAUAGCGGUGAAUGAACGCGGUGAAAAUCUGGAAGAGUUGACACAGAAAAUGAAGCAAAUGAUCGGCAUUGAUCAUCCGGAUCGGCAUACGUUGGAUGUUUUUCCAUUUCCUGUCAUGAUCGUCGGCGGAAAAUACGAUCAGUUCCAAAAUAUGGAUCCCGAAAUCAAGAAACACGUCUGUCGAUGUCUCCGAUCGGUCGCACACACGAUCGGUGCCUCACUACUCUACUACUCAUCUAGCCUAUCACAACUAUCCAAAAUUCUUCGUGAUUCAAUGAACCAUUUCGGAUUCGGCAGUCCGUCGAACCCAUUCCGUACAACCGCAACCGAUUACAAUGGACCAAUAAUUGUGUGGCACGGUCAGGACUCUUGGAAAGACAUUGGCGUUACACCGUCGAAUUCCGAACGCAUUGGAAUGAAUUACAGUACGCAUAUACCGCAAAAAGAUGUCGAAUCGGGUGAAAUUUCAUUUGACGAUCCAGCGAUGGAUCCAGCAUUCAGAGAACCGGCCAUCGACGAACUGCGGGCGCAAAAGGAUGAAGAACUUUUACGGUACAUUCGUGACACAGAGAUUCGAUCGAAAUUUGAAAUUGUGAAAACAUUUUAAUCGGAUGUUGGAUCAUCUGUUAACUUACAACGACCGUCAACGAUAGAAUGAUGCAAAUGAGGAAUCUGAGAAUGUUGUCUUAAAAUAGUAGAAGUAGCGACAGACAAGAUUUAUUUUUGAAUUUGUGUGAAUAAGCCACUCGUCCCAAUAAACCGUUUUGUAGUAAAGUUGU